AUGGCGUUCAAGAACCAAGGGUCUUCUCCAAGUGCUCUAGUCAUUGAGGAUAUCAAAGUUGACUCUGUGGUUCUCCUGCGUAUGCUGCAAAAGCUUAACUGCGAAGUUACUGUUGCUCGUAAUGGGGAAGAAGCUGUUGACCUUUUCCUCCGAGGGAAAAUAUUUGACAUUGUUUUCUCUGAUCAGGACAUGCCUGUAAUGACGGGUCCUGAGGCUGUGGCCAAGAUACGUGCCAUGGGAGCUACUGAGGUGAAGAUCGUUGGGAUCUCAGCAGAUUUUGGUGGCAUGGAGGCGUUCAUGCAAGCUGGUGCUGAUGUGUUUGUGCCCAAACCCAUGAAGCUUCAGACUCUCGAGUCUUUGAUCCAGGAUGUCAUCCGCAAGAAGAACAUGAGCGGCUAACUUUGUUUCAGUAACUGAUGCAAAAUGCAGCUCAUGAUAGAUAAGGAGUUCGCGUUUUAUGCUUUAUGAUUCUCGUACAA